AGGAAGACGUGAAGUUUGUUUUUCGGAUGGAAAAGCUAGAGCAAGACUGUGGGGAGUUAAAAUUAUCAUUGAAAUAAGCAUUUAACGGUGUGAGGCGGUGUGAAGCCGCAGCAUGUCGGUACAUUUUGAGGAGAGGAGCGGCGUGGUUCCGUGUAAGACCCCCUGGGGCUCCUGGUACCAGACCAUGGAGGAGGUCUUCAUCGAAGUCAACGUGCCUCACGGAACGUCUGCUAAAGAGGUUAAAUGUCAUUUAGGAACCAGAGACAUCGACCUGAAUGUCAAAGGAAAGGAAAUAUUUAAGGGAAAGCUAUUUGACACAACCGUGUCUGAUGAAGCUACAUGGACACUUGAGGAUAAAUGUCUGAUUCGCAUCGUUCUAAUGAAGACCAACAGAGAAGCAGGAAACUGCUGGUCCUCCCUGCUGGAGGGGGAAUACUGCGCCAACGCCUGGGUCCAGGACCAGAUGCAGAGAAAACUCACUCUGGAGAGAUUCCAACGAGAGAAUCCUGGAUUUGACUUCAGUGGUGCAGAAAUAUCUGGGAAUUUUGCUGGUGGAGGUCCAGAUUUUUCUAAUUUACAAAAGUGACUUUUUGGUAUAAUCUGAAAAUCUGAUCCACUGAGGUCUUAAGCAACCAGAACUACAAGGACGUAGAUUUUCUCUGGAUUAUCUGAGCCURAAAGGACUUUAUUUUUAAAGCCUUGUUUGGUGAGUUUGAAGCCUCAUUAUUCCACAGAAAGAAGAUCUGUUCUUAAGUUGUGGAGAUGUUUUGCCUUUUAUUAUAUAUAAAAAACAACAAUUAUAGCUUUUCAAUAAAGUUUUAUUGAAAGGUGCAAGUACAUUCACGUAUCUGUGUUUGARGGUUGUAAAGCCAAGAACAUGUUUCAUCUCUAGUGAAACUAACUACACGGGGAAACUGGAAAAGAAAAAUGGCGGACAAAUUCCAACCCACAUUUCCACGGCAGCUGCAACUUUUAUUAAACUAAAACCAGUUCAAGCKUGUAGCAGGUCAACCAGAUAAAACCUCAGUCGCUGCUGAUUUCAGCUCUAAUAAUGAUGUUUUAGCUACAGGUGACAGAUUUGUCACUAGUUUCACUUCACUGGCUCAAACCAGAAAUCCCUCGCCGCAUCAAAA